UUAUGUUUUUGGCGUACUUGAAUGCAGCUUGAAGACUUCUGGUUGCUAUGUUACAGUGUUGCAAACAACGUUGUGAGUUUGGAAGGUUUCAUCAUGUUUUGUAGCGGCUGAAAUAUUUUAGCUCAGGCUCAAUUCUGUGAUAAUCAUGGAUAAAGGGAUUUUUAUGGAUGAGGAGAUACUACGGAAGGUAAUAAUGGAGCAAGCGGCUCAAGAUCGGGUUGAGUGUAUUUUCAAGACGGAUGGAAUCCACUUCAAAGAAAUCCCUAAACUACGGCUGGAAUACAGAGACAUCCGGAUGAUCAGCCACUUAUGGGACUUCACAUCUUUGUCCAGACUGGAUUUGAAUAACAACCUCAUAGAGAAGAUUGAAGGCCUGGACGGUCUGGUUAAUCUGACACGGCUCAAUCUGUCAUUCAACAAAAUUGAGAAAAUUGAAGGUCUGUGGUACUUGCAGAAACUUGAAUUGCUGAAUUUGUCCAACAACAGAAUCUCUGUUAUUGAAAACAUGGACACACUUGAGAAACUCACUCAUGUCUUCAUUGCAAACAACCUCCUUGGACAUUUGGAAAACGUGGUCUAUCUCAGAAGGUUCAAGAACCUGUUCACCGUCAACUUACAUGGAAAUCCUUUCUCUAAGAAAGAUGAUUACAAAUAUUACAUCGCCGCAUACCUUCCGGACUUGACUUGCCUAGACUACAGAUUACUGGACGAGAAGACGAAAACGGAAGCAUCUAAAAAAUACUGCCAUGUCCUCGGUGAGAUCAAACGUGCGGAGCUGCAGAUGCAACGAGCCGAUGAGGUUGAGCAAAGCCGGGCAGCUGAAGUCAAAUUACACUUGGACGCCUUUGUGGAGUUCCUGAAUGGCUCCUCUCUGUUCGAUUGCAUGCUGAAAGACGAUCCAGUGGCAGAGACACUACACCGUCGGCCUGAAGUGGCUCAUCUGCUUCAAACAUUUGAACGCCAAAUGGUGGCGCUGUGUAUGCAGUUAUUUGAAACAGGUUUGACAGAAUAUAAGCGAAGACAGAUGGAGGUGGACUCCUUCUUCAGCGGUCAGAACGCGGCCGUGACACACUACCAGCAGCAAGCGUCGGAAAUAGUGGCAAGUUUUGAGCAGCAACACAAAACGAGGAAAGCAGAAUUGCAGCAAUUAUCAGAGCCGGACCUCCUGAAGGUCAAGAUCAACCACUGCAAAGAGGAAAAAAAGCAACUCUGUACCAGCCUCAUGGCACUAGAGUUUGAGCUGGUCCGCCAGCAGGAGGAUAUCAUCAAAAAGUUGGACAGCAACAUCGCGGACAUGAUUGGUAACUUCAAUGAAACUGCUCACGGGAUAUUUGCGCAAUGUCGAGGUCUGGAGGAUGAUUUUCAUAAGAAUCUGCAGGUGAUUGUAGAAACUCUGAAGAAUGUGGACAUGGACAACCGGCAUGGGGACAUGCUCGAUCAUGACCAAAUGGUGUAUGGAGACGCAUUGAUGGAUGCACUGGCCACCAGCCAUGAGAACCACCUGCUGAAGAUCAAUGAACGGGAGACUCAGCUGAUCACAAGAGCCGAUGCCUGGAGAGCUACCCUCACUAAAGGGAUUGAAGAAAAAGAACUUCGAAGGAGCCGCCUUCGAAUCUCAGACAUCCACAGAUAUGCAGACUAUUUGUGGGAGCAGCUGGAAGAUUUGCAUUUGGCUAUACACAAUGAAACACGCACAACUUGACAAGUAAACGUGAAAGUGGAUCACAUCACUCCAGUUCUGAGGUCCAACAAAUAAUUUACUUUAAAAUCCUGCUGUUGGUUUAUAAAGCGCUGAAUGGUUUGGUGCAGUACAUUUCAGAACUAAACAUGGGGAAUAAGUGUUUAUUAUUCAUUAACUUCACUGCAACUCGUAUUCUAUUAAGCUUGUUUAUUUUAUUUCAAUGUUUUAAUCAGUAUACUUGUUUUUAGAUCUAUUUUUCUUCUACCCCAUGUUUCAAUGGUUUCCUGUGUGACCCUUUGAAUUUCCUUGUUGUUGAAAUGUGCUAUACAAAUAAACUUGUCUUGCCCUGAAUAACGUGACA